AUGACAACUGUAAUCACAAAAAUAUUGUUAAUAUCCAUGUUGAUAUGUUCGCUCAUUGUUUGUGCAACCUAUUCAUCAGCUGUUAGAAUCAAUCAUCACCAACAAUCAACAACCGUUAAACCAUCCUCCUAUCAAAAGAGAGGAGGUAGUUCUCCUUCUUCUUCUUCUUCUUCAACAGACUCUUAUUCAUCAUCUGACAGUGGUAGUAGUGCCGAUGAACCAGGUAUUAAGGAAUACUUGGAACUAAGACAAAAACUAGUUGACCAAGAAAACAAAAUCAAAGAUGGAUCAUUUAUCCAUUUGAAUGAUAAUGAAAUCAAAGCAAACCAAAUAUUCUCACAAAUCCUUCAAUAUGAAGAAUUGUCACUUUCCAACAACGAUCCAUCAGGAAUUAACUUUUUACAAGCAAUUAAUAAUAUUUCAGAAACUCAAGUUUACCAAAUUAUAAAGAAAAUGCCAAAAGGAUCAAUUUUACAUCUUCAUCAAGACAGUUCAGCAACCUAUGAUUAUUUGAUUUCGGUUGGAACGUAUAUGCCAAAUUGUUACUUGUAUGUUGGUCAAAACAAUGCAGCUACACCGUUUGGUUCGUUUUACUUUUAUGCACAACAACCAAGUGAUCCAAACUGGAAGCUUGUCGCCACACUCCGUAGUCAGGCCAGCAACGUCACUGAAUUUGACGCCACCCUUUUGGGAAGCCUCACUCUCUUUGGCUUGGACUAUGGCAACUACAUUUCAUUGUGGGACAAGUUUGAUGUGAUCUUUGCACGUGUGGCCGGUCUCGUCACCUACACACCCAUCACAAUGGGCUACAUGUCGCAUUUGGUCAACCAAACCUUUGAGGACAAUGUACAACAUUUGGAACUUAGAAAGUGUUUUGGCAGCUUUUACGAUUUGUCUGGCACCGCCUACAACAACACUUGGUUCAUGACCCAACUCGCCGAGUUGGUCGAGCAGGUACGAGUCGACUACAACGCACCAGAGUUUGCCAUCAAGAUUAUUGGAUGUGAUGGAAGACACUCGUCACGUGAAGUUGUCUUUGAGCACAUGAAAGAGUCGCUCGAGCUACGUAACCAAUUCCCAGAGACUUUUAUUGGAUAUGAUUUGGUGGGACCAGAAGAUGAAGGUUACCCAUUGAUCUACUUCCUCGAAGAGUUUGCCGAGCUCCAAGAAAUGAGCAAGUACACUCAAUACCCACUCGAGUACUACUUCCACGCUGGCGAGACUAUCCUCUACAACAACACCAAUCUCUACGAUGCCAUCCUUCUCAAAUCAGUUAGAAUUGGUCAUGGUCUCCAACUCACCAAACACCCACUCCUCAUGGACCUAGUCAAACAAAACAAUAUUGGCAUUGAAGUGUGUCCAAUCUCGAAUCAAGUGCUUGAAUUCGUCGCCAACUUUAGAGCCCACCCUGCAUUUGCUCUUUUCAACGAAGGUCUUCCCAUCACCAUCAACAACGAUGAUCCUGCCAUCUAUGGGUACUCUGGCAUCAGUUUUGAUUUCUACGAAGUCACCGUCGGAUGGGGAUUGAAUAUUCAACAAUUAAAACAACUUGCCAUCAACUCUCUUGCCUAUAGUACCUAUUUCGACGAUCAAGAAAAGAAUGCUACCAUCACUGCUUGGGAAUCUAAAUGGGAAGAUUUCAUUAAUUGGUUAAUUACUCUUACUCCACCAACUUUCAACAAAUAA